AUGCCAAUUACCAUUUUACCUCCCGUGGUAGAGGACCUUGGUCCCUACCAAGCUGAAUCCGAUGACUCCAUGUCAGUGGACUCCGAUGAAGACGUUGAAAUGGGCGGCGUCACUCUGCCCAACAAGCGAUCCCGCGUACAUGGGGAGUCAAAGAUCGGCACAGGAAUUGUCACACCAGGAGAAGUGGUUACAGAUGAUCCGCAAUGGAUGAGAGGUCACGGCACCUUUAUGAACCCGCUCUCAACAUCCAUCAUCGCCACUGUCGCCGGUACAGUUCAAAAAACAAAUAAGUUACUCUCCGUACAGCCUAUGCGCGCCCGCUACACCCCCGAGAUUGGAGACUUGGUUGUUGGUCGCAUUGUCGAAGUGCAAUCGCGGCGCUGGAAGGUCGAUAUCGCUGCACCACUACUCGCUCAACUCCCUCUGUCUGCGAUCAACUUGCCCGGUGGAAUUCUGCGCCGACGAACGACCGCCGAUGAACUUCAGAUCCGCACAUUCUUCAGCGAGGGUGACCUUGUGAUGGCCGAAGUGCAGAGCGUGCACCAAGAUGGAUCAGCAUCGCUACAUACCAGAUCUGUGAAGUAUGGAAAGCUACGCAACGGUAUCUUCCUCGCUGUGACAGGAACCGGGGGCGGUGGAGCAUCCGGCUCCAGUACCAAGGGUGGUCAUGGAGCUGGGCCUGCCGCAGGUAGCGCACUUAGUGCGCCUGGAGGCUCUGCUACCGGUGGUGUGGUACGGUCACGACGACAGAUGUUCACUAUCACCUGUUCCAACGGUGGUGGUGAAGUGGAUAUUAUCCUUGGUGUGAACGGAUACAUUUACAUCUACAAGCAUGUUGAAGGCACGGAUGCUGCAUCUUCAACCACGGAUAGUGUCACUAUCACUCGCAUGGAAGAGAUGGUUUCAAGCUCGAUCUACUCCAGCCAGAACGAUGACAUCCCACCACAGACCCGCCGCGAGAUUGCGCGGUUGACACAGUGCAUUCGGGUUUUGGUACAGAACAGUGUUCGUGUGGACGAAGACACAGUCAAGAGUGCCUACGAAGCUAGUCAGCAGGUGGAUCUGGAGGUUGGGGAUGAUGAGGACGAGGAGGACGAGUGGCGCCAGGAAGGUCGCGAGUACCUCGAGGGUGUCAAGGCCCGACGAAUCAUCGAGCUGGUGAUUUCACAACAAUAG